AUGGCUGAAUGGACGUUUAACCCGAGUGAGCCGGGUACGGCUAGGAAUAUGGCCUCGUGGCAGGUCACCGCUCCGAACCAAGAAGCGUACCAAAUCGACGUCUCGUGGCCGCUUGGGUGGUCGGGCCCCAACGAUGGGGAGGCUGUGGCAGACGCCCUCUACCUCGUGGACGGCAACGCCCUCUUCCUGACAGCCACUGAGACCCUCCGACGGUGCGAAGCUCAAUCUCAUCGGCGCCACAAUGUAGAGUCAGAGCCAGGAACCAUUGUCGUGGCAGUCGGUUACCCGCUCAUGGACACUGUCUUCAGCCCCCAGCGGAGCUAUGACCUUACGCCACCCUGCCCUCCUGAGCAGUAUACACCACCGUGCAGACCAGAUGGAAAGGCGAAGGCCGAUGACCCUCAUGGGGGUGCUGAUGAGUUCCUUUCUUUAAUCACGGAGGUCGUAAAGCCCUUCAUCGAAAAGACCGUAUUUCCACGCGUGACCUUCGCUCGGACCGCGCUGUUCGGUCACUCAUAUGGUGGGCUUUUCGUCCUGCAUGCACUCUUUACCAAACCAUCAUCGUUUGACGCAUACCUUGCCGCAAGUCCGUCGGUAUGGUGGAGUAACCGACAUGUUCUGUCUCAGGCAGAGAGGUUCUACUCUGUGUCUGCCAAUCUCGCAAGUCGUCCGGCUCUGUGGAUGUCGUUUGGAUCGAGAGAACAGGCUCCUGUUCGUGGACCUGGAGAGUCACUGGAAAGGUUUCAGAUACGAGAGGAGGCUGCUAGCCGGCGUCGGAUGGCGGAUAACUGCAAAGAGCUGAGGGAAAUGCUGCUGGGACGGGCAGGUAGUCGCCUGCGAGCCGUGCAGCUCCGCGAGUUUGCUGAUGAGGAUCAUGGGAGUGUCAUCGCGCCUGCUUUGAACGGGGCGAUAAGUUUCUUCAGUACCUUUACCAAUACAACAAACUGA